GGCGGAUGUAGCAACACGAGGUUCAGUCACAAACAAGUAAAUAGUAGAAAUGGGUAAACGGUUUCGUGGUCGCGGCCGCGGCCGCAAACAUGGUCCCCCAUCCAAAAGACGAAAAAGUGAUCAGUUACAUUUGUCUGCUAAACAGAAGAAACACUUCAAGGCAUAUGGGGAUUUUCAUCCCUCAGAAUCAAGUGAUACAGUGAAGAAUUAUACAAGAGUUGAAGAUAAUGCAGAGACUCAUAAUGAGGAAGACUCAAGCUCAUCAGACAGUGAGGAUGAAACUCCUGUACAGCAGCUGCUUAAAGCUAUAGGUGUGGGGAGCAAUACAGCUGGAGAGGUCAGUGAAGAUGAUGAUAGCAAAGAAGAUGAUAGUGAAGAGGAAGAGGACAAAGAAAGUGACCUUGAUUCUGAAGAGGAAGAGGAUUUCGAGGGUGAUGUUCAUGACAAGGAUGGAGAGGACCUGGAUGGUAGUGACCAUAAUGAGGAAGGUGCUGGAAUCAUUACAGGCUCUGAUAUGGAGGGGGAUACAGGAGAAGCAAGUCAUGGUGAAGAAAAUGAUGAUGAUGAAAAUGAGUUGACUGCUGAGGCGAGUGAAGAAGAUUGUGAAGAUGAUGACGAAGAACAUAUCCUGAAAGAAGAUGAUCCCUUUACUGUGCAUUUUGAGCAAGACUUGCCAGAGACGCUAGAAAAAAAGCUGUCAGCAACCACUGUGUGGAGCAAAAAAGAUACAAAAUUAAAAUUUGUUGGAGACUCUACACUGAUGUGGAAAGAUCUGGCAUGUGUACCACAAAAGAAACUUGGUCAGAAAGAUUUGAAGACAGCUGGGGUAAAACACAAGCUAGUAGACCAAGUAGCAGCAACCAACAUAAAAGAAGGCAAAGUUGAUGUCAUCAGUCAUGGUGAGAUAAUGACUCCAUUACAGUUUGGUCUGUUUGGCAUCAUGAACAACUACCAGGACUUGUUUUACCCACGACAAUCACACUCAAAUUUAGAGGAAAUUCGUCUUACCUACUGUCUGCAUGCUGUCAACCAUGUUUUGAAAACUAGAAGUAGAGUAGUGGCCCACAAUGCCAAAAUAAAGGCCAGACGUGGUACAGCUUUUGAUGCCAAUUCCAGUCAGGAGUUUCGGGAUCAGGGAUUUACAAGACCAAAGGUGCUGAUUGUAGUUCCUCUGAGAAAUUCUGCCUACAGAAUUGUGUCAGUCAUCACCAGUUUACUGGCUGCUUCAGAACAGGGGCUUGUCAGCAACAGAAAGCGAUUUAAGACAGAGUAUGGAGAUGAGGGUCAUGACGAGGAUAAGAAGGGGUUAAAACCAGAGGAUUUUGAUGCACUGUUCAAAGGGAACACUGAUGAACACUUCCGCAUUGGCAUAAGCAUUUCAAAAAAAAGCCUAAAACUAUACAGUCCAUUCUACAUGGCUGACAUUAUCAUUGCCUCACCAUUAGGUUUACGAACUGUCAUUGGAGCACAAGGUGAUAAAGAGCGUGAUUAUGACUUUUUGUCAUCGAUAGACCUGCUCAUUUUGGACCAGGCAGAUGUCUUUCUGAUGCAGAACUGGGACCAUGUCCUGCACAUGUUCGACCACCUUCAUUUACAACCCCGGGAAUCACAUGGUGUGGACUUUGCACGUGUGCGUUUGUGGUCAUUGAAUGGAUGGUCGAAGCAUUACCGCCAGACACUAAUCUUCAGCAGUGUUAUGGUGCCAGAGUUGAUGUCUGUUUACAACAAGCACUGCCAUAACUUUGCUGGCAAAGUUCAAGUGCACCGUAAAAGCACUCAUGGUUCUGUUUGCCGCAUUGUGGUUCAGCUGCCUCAGAUGUUUCACCGAAUCCAGUGUUCCAGCAUUACGUCGCUAGCUGAUGCAAGGUUUGAGUUCUUUGUGAAAGAGGUGCUGCCACAGCAUAAACAGAAAGACAUGAAGCAGACGCUUAUCUACAUCCCUUCAUAUUUUGACUUUGUCCGAAUGCGCAACUAUUUCAAGAAAGAAGAAAUAAGCUUUGUUCACAUAAAUGAGUAUGCCACCUCCAAAGGUAUCAGACGAGCCAGAAUUGAUUUUAAUAAGCGUAAAGCACAGUUUAUGCUUUACACUGAGAGAGUUCAUUUCUACCGCAGGUUCAAACUACGGGGACCCAAGCAUUUGAUCUUUUAUGAACUGCCUCAGUAUGGCCACUUCUACUCUGAGUUGUGCAACAUGUUGGAAGAUCCACGACGCAGGUCGCUGGCAACAGAUACUUUGACAUGUGUAGUCAUCUAUUCAAAAUACGAUGCACAGAAGCUGUGCGAGGUUGUUGGCACCAAACGGGUGAAGCAUAUGUUGGCGUCUGACAGGGAUGUUUACAUGCUGGUGUCUGGAGACAUUUCAGAAGGUUGAAGAUGUUACAUGGACUACAUCAUUAGCACAUUUUCACAUGUAUAUGACUGUGAACAUUUUAGUCAUUCAGCAAACGAAAGCCGUAUUUUGAGUUGUGGUCCGAAGGAGAUACCUGUAUCACAGUUCAAGGGUUUGUUUUUUUUUUUCCUUUGUAACAUUUGGCACAUCAUACAACCGAUGGAGCUCUUGUGAAGAAAGUAAAUAGCAGCAAAGGAGGAGAAUACUUUGUGGGAAAAGAACUUAAAAUAUACAGCGACGGGGAAGAGGAGGCCCCAUAUUCCUUUUUUUUCUCAGUUCAUGCCUUGUGAUAGGAUCAAAUCAUAUUAAAACACCCCCUUUCCCACUAACCCUAUAUUUAUGCAUUCUUUGAUGCUUUGUUACAAGUUUUGACUACUAGUCGGUUGACAUAACUGACUUCAACCUUCUGUACGUUCUGACUGCUGGUCGGUUCACAUGUCUAACAGCCUUCAGACAUCUGUAAGUUCUACAGGUGCCGAUGAAAGCCGCAGGACAAUAUGGUUACUUAGUAUGCCUAAAGAGUACUUUUUUUCUUUAAUAACCUAAGUGUUUGCAGUACAGUAAAAACUCUCUGUCAAGACUCGGUGAAAUAAAGCAAAUUCGGGUCAUAGUAGGGAGAUCAACCAGUCCACUGUCAUUCCUUGAAUUGACUUCAAACACCUAUAAAUUCAUGUAUUAAAAUGUUGAAAUAAUGCUCUUAAAA